AUUACAUCCUAAAUAACGAAAGUAAAAAAAGACUUUGUUUGAACAUCCUGGAUUAUCAAAAGAUUAUAUAAACUAGCAAACUAGUGUAUAAAACAGCCACAACUUUUCUCGCUAACGGCCUUUCACACGAUAGUAGAAAUCAAGCAAAAUUCUAACAAGGAACAAGCUGAAAUGACUGUUUGUAAGUUUUUCUUGGAGGGUCGAUGUAACUUUGGCUCAAACUGUAGAAAUGAACAUCCGGUUGACGCUCAACAACGUAAUAAUCGUUUUGGUACAGAUUCGAGUAAUCCACUGAGAGGACGAUUAGGCUUCCCAAGCACUUCUACAGAUUACCCUCCUAACAGAAUAUAUGAUGAUAAAUCUGUAAGAGCCGACUUAUCAAGAGACCGUCCUGAAUACAAGUACUCUUGUUACGGUCCGGCAAAAGAAGAACCAAAUUUAUUAGAGGGUACGGACUUCUCUGCCGAAGAAUUACGAGUACAGUACUAUAGUAUCAUGAGUACGAAUGGAGUGGACUCUGCAUAUCGUGCUGGUGUGAAAGAUCUUGAUGAACGUAUGCAAGGCCAAAUUGAUACUAUCCUAAGAGAUUUACGCUCUGCUCUUACUCGAUUUGAUACUAAAAGACAGCAACUAGCGCAACAACAAGCAUCUAGCGGAUUCGCAUUCGGUCAACCAACUCAGCCUCAGCAACAACCUACACCUCAACGGCAAGGAACAUAUGGAACUCCAGCUUUAGGUGCACCUACACAAACUGCUACACCUUCACCAUUUAGUUCAUCUAUUAACCAACCUAGUACACCUUCACUUUUGUCGUCGUAUAAUCAACCUACUGCACCUACACCAUCUUUAUUUGGAACGAAUCCUUCAGGUUUUGGAGCAUCUAAUUAUAAUGCUACUAGUUCGUUGAAUUAUCCGGUAACUCCAGCUCAACCAAGUCCUGGUUCGAUAUUCGGCGGUUAUCAACAACCACAGCAACCUCAACAACCUGAUCCCCAACAACAGCAAUAUUUACUUCAAAUGCAACAACAGCAAGAAAUGUUAGCACAACAGCAACAACAACAGCAGCAAAUGUUACAACAACAAAUGAUGCAGCAGCAACAUAUGCAGCAACAACAACCACCACAACCGGGAAAUACCCAAGGUACAAUAAACAAUCCACAAAUGCAAGCAUUUGCGUCAAGUGAAUUUGAAUUAUACAAAAUACCUGAAAUACCUCCACCUUCAGAUUAUAGAAGAUGAAUUCAAUCGUUAUUUCCAACGAACCUGUUAUCCAAAUUAUUAGAAUAGAUUGAAUUAUGGAUUGAAACUAAUUUGCAAAUUCAAGAGAAAUGAGAAAUGCAUUUGUUUUCUUUAUAUAUAUAUUACAAAAUGGAUAUGCUUUAUUAGAGUUUCACUCUAUCAGGAAUACAAACGGUUGGUGGUAAUGAAAUAUCAUGUGUGAUGAAGUUUAUCUUUACCGAUUUGUUUAUAAAAUAAAUGGAAAAGAGUGGUAAAGAUAAUUGGUGAACAUUUAUAUGUAUUGUAGUAGUUUUUUAAAACCACAUAUUUAAGAUUUAUAUUUGAAAUAUAAAAAAAUU